GUGGCACCGCGAAAGUUGCGACAGUCGCUGGACGGUCUGUUGGAUGAGAUGAAGGGCCUGCCCAACCGCGUACGACAGUACGCAGCCUACGACACACUGCGCACAACCCUCCGCGCAUAUCUCAAGGCCAACUCCUUGGUAGGUGGAUUCUAUUUAUAG